UGUCCGCCUCCUCAAUUCUUCUCUCGGCUUCUCUUGGUGACCGUCAUAUUGUCAGGAAGAGAGAAGACCACGGGUGAGGGAGAAGCAGUGGUCGAGACGUGGGAAAGGAAUGCUUUUUCAAAAAAAGAAUUACGAUUACUUUUUAUAUUGAAGCCGCAGUAUAUGCGGUAUGAGUUCAUAUCAGCUACAGUAAUGAAAGAGACCGUCGUAUGCUCUCGUAUUUUAAUCGGCACAGCGGAUCGUCAGGGGAAUAUGUGCUUAGCUCCUUUUGAUAGCCAUUUUUUACAGACAAAAGAGAACAGUUAAAAUUUGGGAGGAAAAAGAAGCAAAGAGGUCUUGCUCCCACAGUCAAUGGAGAAAGUGGGCAAGAUGUGGAGCAACCUGAAGAAUCGAUGCCAGACCCUGUUCCACACAGAGAGCCCUGGGCGUAGCAGCUCCAGCCCAGAGGCCAGCUCUGUCCGCUGUGUGGUCGACCCUGCUCGGGGAAUGCGGCUGAUGGACACUCUGGCCCCCAGGGCCACCAGCCCCAGCCGGAGUCUGUCACCGAUCCCUCUGGUACCCGAGGGGCUAAGGGCACGUCGGGGUCACAACUGCGUCUCAGACGCUCCCCAAAUAGUGGAGAUCUCCAUCGACAAAGAGGCAGAGGAUGGACGUGGCCCUGAGGGCACUUUGUUGGCACGGAGGGACUCGUACUCACGCCAUGCACCUUGGGGCGGCAAGAAGAAACACUCGUGCUCAACCAAGACGCAGAGCUCGCUGGAGGCAGACAAACGGCCUUGCCGAUCACGCAGUGGUGCCCCUCGCCGUGAGCGUCGCUACGGCGUCAGUUCCAUCUGUGACACUGAUUCAGGAAGUGGACGCUCAUUACGCCAGCGGCUGCAUGACACAGUUGGGCUCUGCCUGCCACUGCGGUCGCGCAGUCGCCCCACCAAGGCACUUUUUGCCUCCAAACGCAAGAUCCACUUGACAGAACUCAUGCUAGAAAAGUGCCCCUUCCCCCCCGGCUCAGACCUGGCCCACAAAUGGCACCUGAUCAAGCAGCACACAGCACCGGUCAGCCCACAGUCCUCCACCACACUUCUGGAUGCCUUCGAUUCGACACAUGCCUCCCCAGAAGAUGAGGAGGAACGUCUGCGCGAGCGGCGUCGGCUUAGCAUCGAAGAAGGGGUUGACCCACCGCCCAACGCCCAGAUCCAUACUUUCGAGGCUACGGCACAGCUUGGCUCCUUGUACAAGCUCGGGCCCAAGAUGGCACCAGGGCUUAGCGAGAGUCCCGGGGAUGGUAGGGCUGUGGCAGGUGGGCCCAGUGCCUUGGGAUCGGGGGCCUCAGUGGCAACCCAGCCAGCAGACUGUGACUCGGAGGAGGACUCUACCACCCUGUGCCUGCAGCCGAGGCGGCCCAAACAGAGACACACCUCUGGGGAUGGCCACUCAAGCCGUCAGGGCCCCUGGAAGGUGCACACGCAGAUCGACUACAUCCACUGCCUGGUACCGGACCUGCUGCAGAUCACUGGGUUGCCAUGCUACUGGGGUGUGAUGGAUCGCUAUGAGGCAGAGGCACUGCUGGAGGGCAAGCCUGAGGGCACCUUUCUUCUUCGCGACUCGGCCCAGGAGGACUACCUCUUCUCCGUCAGCUUCCGGCGCUACAACCGCUCGCUGCAUGCCCGCAUCGAGCAGUGGAACCAUAACUUCAGCUUCGACGCUCACGACCCCUGCGUGUUCCACUCGUCCACGGUGACUGGCCUGCUGGAGCAUUACAAAGACCCCAGCUCCUGCAUGUUUUUUGAGCCGCUCUUGACGGCGCCGCUGCACCGGACCUUCCCGUUUAGCCUGCAGCACCUCGCCCGCGCUGCCAUUUGCCGGCGCACCACCUACGACGGCAUCGGCGGCCUGCCGCUGCCCUCGGCAUUGCAGGACUUCCUUAAGGAGUAUCACUACAAACAGAAGGUGCGCGUGCGCUGGCUGGAGCGUGAGCCGCUCAAGGUCAAGUAGAGCCUGCAGCUGCACGGAGGGUGCAGAGAGGGCCGUGGCCCUUGCCUCAUGGUUCCCGUCUCCAGUGCUCGUCUGCCUGUUCCUUCGUUUGAUUCCUAACGGAGGAGGAGGCGACGACAAAACCUGUUGGCAAAGUCAAGCUACCGUUAUGAUCCGCCACCUGUGGGGUGCUCUCACUGGGCCUUCGGAUGGGGGGGCAGGGUCAGGGUUAAGGGGUGGGAUUGGGGCUGGAAUUUUGGCAACAGGCAGGGUGUAACCAGACACACACGUUACUAUCUAUCGUUUUAGUUAUUACUUAAAUCCCUAGGACACACGUAUAUAAAUAUAUACAGUAUACGCUCUCUGGUAAGCACAUGAUUCUUUAGCAUCAAGCUCGUUUUAGAGGCAGGGGCCUGCGGCUGUUUGGGUUCAGUCUGAGGCCCCUGACUUAUGUCUGUCUGACCCCCAGGGCAUCCCAAGCCGUGGUGGGAGGAACCUGUAAACCAAGCCUGCAUGCACCUUCCCACCUCUUGGGCUCCUGUUCACUUCCUAUAUAUAUACGUAUAUAUGAAUUUCAUAUGUAUGUGUAUAUAUAUUUUAGGAGUAAUAUAUGUCAUUGCUGUAUUUUACAGUUCACUUGAACUUUGAUAAAGCAACUAUGUGGCUCCCGUUGCAUUGAAGAAAUGCAGAUGCUUAUUUUAUUUUGACCUGACGCGAAAGUGGGUUGGUGUAAGCAGCCUCAUGGGGCAGACGAACCUUACAUGCCUGUUCUGCAGAGAAGGGCUGCUUUCUAGUCCCUGGCCGGUGGCUGGUCAUCAGACCUGCUUGGAGAUUUUGAGAUUUCUGCUGCCAGAGUGGAGCUCCUGAACAAAACCACAGGCAGGCUCACGGAGUCUGUAGAGGCCGGCCGGCAUUGAGGAUGGAGGCUCGGGUCUCGGCGGCACCGUGUACUGGUGAGAUGUGCUAAUUCCUGGGGCAGCCAAAGGGCUCGCUACAUCCCGAUAAACCCCAAACCCCUGCCCCCUGCAGGAAGCAUGAGGCUCCUGCACUUGUGGUUACAGUGUUCUCGUCAUGUGACAUGAGUGUGCCUGUUCCUGAAAUCUCACUAGUAACUAGCACAUCAAAAUUUAUUUUUUUUUGUCUUAUGGUAAAACCUUAAUUCCUGCCACUAAUUGCACAGGGAGGUAAAUAUAUACUUUCUUCUUUUUUCUUUUGGCCCAUUGGCACCACAAGAAGGAGCCACUGGCAUCAAGCACUUUAGCUCCUCUCUGUGCAGGUUAGUGGGAGCAUUGGGCUGUUUAACCCUUCCACAGUGGGACCACAAUCACUAGGUCGCACGUGCGCGUGCAUGCACACGCGGGGCACGCCGUGUGAAAAGGGCCAGGUCGCUAAUAAGCUCUGUCCUCUGUGUCUUUUGUGGUUUUAACCCUCUGCCAACACUUCGCAUGCAAAGUUAGCCUCUAGUAGGUCUCUGUCUGCGAUAAGGGAUCCCAGAUCAAAUCUGAGUUUUUUUUUUUUUUUUUUUUUAAUCCAAAUAGAGGAAUGUUGAGUAGGCAAUCACAGAAUGAAUGAUUUUGAAAACUGAUAAACUUCUUGUUUUUGGUGUUUAUCCCCCUUCUGUUUUUUUUUUCUUUUUUUUUCCUUUUAGAUUCAUCUUUUCAUGCUGGACAUGAUGGUAUUGUUUCCCCCCCCCCCCACUUCCUUGCUCUCAUAUUGCCCACCCUCUGCUUCUGAUAUAGCCCACCUGUUGCCCCAGGGGAGUUCAACAUAAAGAACUAGAUUUUUGUACAUGUAUGUAUGCAUUCCCUGUUUUGGGGAAGUAGACAUCUCUGUGCGGCCUAAAACAUUUUGGGAUCUAGCUUUACAGCCUGACUGGAUCACCGUAGUUGCUUUAUUUGAAACCCUGCACUGUUCAGCUGAACACAUUUAUACCAGUGUGAACCCUUUUGCCAGAUGACAUCCAGCUUCUUUUCUGCACGAACCCGAUCCAUGACCAAGCGUUACCGUCCGAGCUUGCAUCGGUGGAGAUGGCAGAAAACCGCGUGCCUUUAUUCACCGCUCUUACGCGACUUCCUCUGCUCUGAAGGGGUGUGGCUGAGUACUUGGCGGGACAGACGUGCUCUUUGUGAGAGACUGCAUGACACUCUGCAGUACCUUAAUGAACCUAAAAAGGGCACACGUAUUUUUGUAGGAGAGACUAUAUAAAUACAAAGCUUUGAGGUUUAUGGUGCACAUAUGCGAGGAUGUUGUCAUGGUGCUAUUUCAGGGGUUUUUGAAGCUUCAAAAUGUUUGCUAAAUAGGCCCCCUUGCAUGUUUCGUGCUUUUUGCUCUCUUGCUUGAAUCUCCUCUCUGCGUUAUCCAUACGUGUUUAAAGGAGUUAAUACCCCUAACCUGAGUUUUGCUCCUUUCAAUCAUUCUAGAAUAGUUCCGUAUGACCUUCCUGACAGAAACCUAUUGAAAUACGGUGAGGUGUGGUCCUGCCCUACCCACACUUAGAGAACUUAUUUUUACAAAUGGAUGAAACAAACUUGAUUUUAAAAAAUGGUGAUUUUUAUUUUAGGUCUCUGUACUGUAUGUAGGUGAAAGCUGGGGAUAUUGUGGGCUGUUGAUUCAUUUCUGCACGUUUGGACAACUUUUCUUGCGAUCAAAUCGCUCUGUCACCCGCACGUUUCAGGACAUUGGCGGCAAAACGGCAGCAUCCAUAUCAAUAAAGCUCUCCAGUCGGAUCUGAUAAACGUUUAGAGCGGCAUUUGACGUGGAUCAGUACAGAAAUGUUGCCCUCUUGCGUGGAGCGAAGAUGUUAAUGGUGUUAUCGUCUCCUGGCCCGUCUGCUUAGUGGGACUUCGUGAGACAGACAAUGUCUAAAUCUCAGCCCUCGCUUAUGCACUAACAAACCAAACUUGAACAGUGGAGGAGCUUGACGGCUGUCCAGUCACAGGGUUUAGAGUUUGCCCAGCAUGUACCUAAAAGUAUAGUUUUAAGACGAAUAUGAAGAUUAUUAAUAUAGUUUUGAAUGAUAUUUUUGAUAUUACUAAUUGUGGCCUAUAGUAAAGAUGAAAGAUGAUGGUGUAGAGGUAUUGGUGGUUUGCUGCGUUUUGUAAUUGGUCAACAAUCAUGGGUCAGAGGUCAGGUGAUCACUGAGCAGCUGCUAAAAUAUUUAGUAGGGCAGCUUGGAUGAUAAAGUAGGCGUUACUUAGUCCUGUUUGUCCCUUUCAGAGAAAGGAAUUCAAACGAAAGAAAUCAUGGAAAUGGUGCAAUGUUCCGCGUGUGUGUCUGCAUGUGUGUGUUUGAAUUGGCGUGACCAAAGGCUGUGUGUGUAAAACCGCCAUACACGCAGAGACGCGCUAAGCUGGAGGAGAUCUGCUUGCGUCUUGAUUCCUCCAGCUAAUGGCCUGUCAUUCACACAUCACUCUGUGACCCCCC